AUUUUCGUUGAUUGUUUACCUUUAAUUUAAUUUCUAAUUGUGAAUUCUAAACCCUAAUUAUAAUCUUUUAAUUAUCCUUUUUAACAAUCAAUUGAUUUGGUAAUUAAUGGUAACCCAAUGUGACCAGAAAAUCAACAAUUCAAAUCAAUUUGAAUCCUGAUCGGUUCACCUUAACAAAUUGUAAUUGUAUUUCUAUUAAUUAAUUUUGUGUCUUUUUUUAGAUUCAUUUAGAUUCCUUAAUUGUGUUCAUUCCCAUGAAAGGUCAACUCUUUCCUGUAUUUCCAAAAAUUGAUAUUCACCUACAAUGAUGGUCCAUCAAUCUUGACUUUCUAAUUUAAAAUUGACUUGAGAAAUCUAUGGUUACAGUUUUGUUUUUGUUUUCCUCUUUGGCUUUUCCUAUUGUUGUUAAGCUUAAUUGGAUCUUAUUAAUAUCAUGUUGCAUCAAAUUGGUUUGAUUGGAUUGACAGUUAACUUUGAAAGUAAAAGGAAACAUAGUUAUAGAUGAAAAGUGAUUGUGAUGGUGUUUUCAUUUAUCUUUUUGGCUUAUCGAUUGAUUUAUUUUUCCAAGUGAAUUAAAUUUAAUUGGCAUCAGGGUUAAUAAUAAUAAUAAUAAUCAAUCCAGUGACUGAUUGCUGAAGACGAAAAAAAAAUCUAACUCUUCUCAGGAAAAUGUGAAUGAAUCCAUAAGAAUCAAACAAUCAACCGAUGAAUCUAAACUUUUAUCACCUCAAGUUGGUUAACAAUUACAAGGGUGAAAUUGAUCAAUUUUGAAAAGCAAAAUGGAACCAAAAAUCAAGACAAGAUGAUGAUCACAUCUCAUCAACAUGUGAUUGCAAAUGAAUUGAGAGAGAAAAAGAAAACACCAUAAUUAAAGAUAAUGGACACAACGAGAACAUUUUAUCCAUCAGAAUCCCGGAGUUCCAAGAGCAACAGAACUUUUCAAAUAUUAGUAUUAAUAAUACGAAUUAUCUUGGUUAACAUUAACUUGAUCAUAAAUCCAAUGAAUUAGAGAUAAUCCAGAAUCGGAGGAAAUUUUCACAGGUCAAAGGCACAAGAGUUGUAGCAAUGGCAGUUACUUAAUGAAUCUGGACGAGUUUCUCAUUGAGAAUGGAGUUGAUUACAAUUACAUGAAUAUCAUUAAAGAGGAGCAAAAAAUUAACAUUGAAUUCAGCUCUUUGGAUAUUGCCUUGGCCACUCUACCUGGAAGCGAAGCAAGUUUUGACCCUUCCAAUGCUCGAUUCAGUGAAAAUGAACUUCGUCCUCAACCAAUAAUGAGAAAAUCACGUAAACAGCAUGUACCUGAUACAUUGAAAGAUGCUCGAUAUUGGGCUCGUCGAAGUAAGAAUAAUAUGGCUGCUAAAAGAUCUAGAGAGGCUCGUCGACUGAAAGAGAAUCAGAUUGUCCUUCGAGCGAGUUACCUGGAGAAAGAGAAUGAAUCUCUUCGAUUAUCUUUACAAAAUCUUCGAGAUGAAAAUGAAAGACUCAAGAAAUUGCUCGAUUCUGAAUGAGAAUAAUUUUCAUUACUAUCAGCUAUCUGUUCGGACAAUAGCUCACCCAAACGUAAAAAGAUUUGGAACUUUCUUCUCUACCCAAUGAGCUCUUCUACUACAACUAAACUUUACUCUUUCAGAUUCAAGACAAAAUGAACAAUCAAUUGGCUAACAAUUGAAAACAUUUCCAGCACAAAUUGAAUAUUGAUUUGAUACUAAACGAACUAGAAAACGCAUUCUCAAUCUCGAACUUAUAAAAAUAAAUAAACUGUUCACCUUAAUGUUCAAAUCUUUGUAUUAGUUUCACGAGUUAAUCACAAUCUUUGUAAAACCUUAUAAUUUAACUAAUCGAUCAAAAAUUAAAGUAAAUUGAUUGAAACUUCGUUUGAUUCG